AAUUUCUUCUCCUCCUCGCCUCUUUCCCCACUUAAAGAACCAAAGCGUGCAGUAAUUGCCUAUGUCCAGAGUUGACGUCCUCGUCCUUGGAGCCACUGGCUUCACCGGCCGCCUCAUCACUCAGCACCUCGCUACUCACCCACAGGCCAACGCAUUCACACUUGCGGUUGCAGGUCGCUCCCAGAAGAAGCUCGACGCGCUCGUUGCCGAGUGCAAGCUGCAAGGCCGCGCACAGGCGACGGUCGUUGACGUCACGAACCCGGAGGACGUUGAGACAGCAGUGAAGAACGCAAGAGUCGUGAUCAACACCGUCGGGCCUUACUGGAGAUGGGGGACACCAGUUGUCAGCGCCUGCGUCAAGCACGGCACGCACUACGUCGACCUCACUGGCGAGCCCCAAUGGGUACGGCGCAUCAUCGACGCGUACGACUUCGGCGCGACCAAGACGCACGCAGCCAUCGUGCCGUGCUGCGGCCUCGACUCCAUCCCCUCUGACCUCCUCGUGCACCUCGCGGCACGCACGCUGCGCGAGUUUGCAGGCCCGCAGGCUAGGCUCGGGCGCUCCGUCGGCGCGUGGAGAAUCUCGGGAGGUGCCUUUUCCGGGGGAACGAUUGCCAGUCUGCUGGCGUGCAUAGAGGAGACGCCAAGAGAGGAGAUGAGGAACGCGGUGAAGGAUUACUCGCUUAGUCCCGUCCGAGGUGCACAGAAACACGUCCCCCGGAUGCUUUAUAGCCUUCCCUUGACCUCCCCAGGCCUAUCCGGCCCGUACUACUUUAUGGCCGUCGUCAACCGGCAAAUCGUCCUUCGCAGUUGGGGCCUCCGCGAGCUUUUCGCGAAGCAGGCGCGCUCAUCCUCGAGGGUCCUGGCCCAGCGCGACCAGGCAGAAGCUACGCCUUAUGGACCAGAUUUCACCUACGAAGAAUUCAUAGCUCUGCCAAGCACAACGGCGAGCGUGAUCCUGAGUGCUGUCAUGGCGGUCGGCGCGUUCUUGUUGACUAACUUUGCGGCGGCGCGGUGGCUCUUCCGUCUCUUCACACCGAAGCCGGGAGAAGGACCAUCUGACGAGCAAAUGCAAAAUGGCAAGCUUAAGGUGAUCAACGUGACAACUUCCGCGCCAGACCCGUCCAAGGGCGGACGCACCGUAAGCGUACGCAGCACUCUCACCGCUAAGGGCGACCCGGGAUACCUCGUCUCCUCUGUUUUCAUCGCAGAGUGCGCCCUGGCCCUCGCUCUAGACCACGAUGCGCUGCCCGCGCGCGCAAGGGAGGGCGGCGUGCUCACGCCCUCGACCGCUUUUGGAGAUGUUCUCAUCGAGAGGCUGAAGCGCUUCGACGAUAGGUUCAAGAUCGAGAGUGAGAUUAUACUGGACGAUAAGCAGUGAGCUGGUGGAUGAUGGAUUGGAGAUGGAAUUAUAUAGUGGUCAGACGGUAAUGGGGCUUAAAGCAUACUGCGCCCUUGGUUCAUUAUUUUAUCUGCGCAUUCUUUGUACCAUACCUCUAAGUUAUCGAUCCC